CAUGGCGGCCUUUUGUUAUUAAUCCCAUCACUAGAUUCUAGACUCCAGAUUCCACACUGCUUAUCAAUCAGUGAGAAGAGUGAGUGAUGCUGAGUAAUGACGUAACCCUGGAAUCACCUGCAGAGCAAACACCGAGAAAGCGGGAAAAAAAAAAGAGUGGGAGAUCACGCAAUUGGUUCGCACGGUGUAUGUCAGACUGUUUAGAUUGAAAUUGAUCUUUUUUGUUUGGUGUAGAGGCGUAUUUCUUCGUUUCUGCAGUAGUAGUGGCCAGUGCAACAAUAGCGUCAUUUCAAUCGCCGAAGCUCGCGAGUUCGGUUCCCCGCCAACUUUUCCUCCAAUCUGCCUGCCUACAUUAUCCCCCUCCCUCCCCUCUUUUAUUCCGCCGGUGUGCGUCGUUAGACUCCCUCCAUGCUUUCUCGCUCCUCCCUUCGGCCUCUCACUGCCCAACCGUCGAAGACUCGGCUUAUUCGUCCGUCUUUGGUCUCUCCGAUCCGUCAAUCUUCUCGCGCAUACGGAGGUUACGGCACUGCCGCAACCGUCCAUCGAAACACUAUCAACAGGAAUAUUAAGAGAAACACCCUGGAUUCUCAAUCCUCAUCGGCUAUCUCGCUUUCUACAGGGUCUCGUCUCGCGUCGCUCACAAGACACUUCUCAUCAACCCCCACAGUCGCGGACUCGAGCAACAUGCCUCCUGUGCAGACCCAGCAGUAUGAUUAUAUUGUGCUAGGUGGUGGAAGCGGUGGUAGUGGUAGCGGACGGAGGGCCGCUGGCUGGUAUGGGGCAAAGACGUUGAUUGUGGAAAGUGGACGCUCUGGUGGUACCUGCGUGAACGUUGGCUGUGUCCCCAAGAAGAUGACCUGGAACUUUGCCUCCAUCACUGAAGCCGUCGAGGCGGGUCGCCAUUACGGUUAUGAUAUUCCCCAUGACAUCGACGUCAACUACAAUCAUUUCAAGAAGCUCCGUGACGCGACUGUCGAGCGCUUGAACGGGGUUUACGAAAGAAACUGGGGCAAGGAAGGCAUUGACCUUGUGCACGGCCGUGCCCGUUUUGUUGAGUCAAAGACCAUCGAGGUUGCCUCCAAGGAUGGUACGACCACGCGGUAUACUGCGCCCCAUAUUCUGAUCGCGACUGGUGGCCGACCUAGCAUCCCGGACAUCAAGGGUGCUGAGCACGGCAUCACGAGUGAUGGAUUCUUCGAGAUCGAAGAGCUUCCCCCGAAGGUUGCUGUUGUUGGUGCCGGAUACAUUGCCAUCGAGUUGGCGGGUGUCAUGGGCACCGUUGGUGUUGACACCAACUUGCUUAUUCGCGGCGAGACCUUCCUGCGCAAGUUUGACCCUAUGAUCCAGAAGACUAUGACCGAGCGAUAUGAAGCCGCCGGAAUCAAGGUCCACAAGAAGCACCCAGGUAUUAAGGAGGUCCAGCUCCUUCGCGACGGCAAGGGCAAGGACAAGCUUCUGAAGCUGAUCAUGAACGACGGCUCCGAGAUGGAAGUCAACGAGCUUUUGUGGGCCAUUGGCCGUGUUCCUGAAGUAGAGGACUUGCACCUUGACGUUCCCGGCGUCAAGCGUGACCAGAGAGGACAUAUCGUUGUCGACCAGUACCAGAACAGCAACGUUGAUGGUAUCUACGCCCUUGGUGAUGUCACUGGACAGGCUGAGCUAACGCCUGUCGCAAUUGCCGCCGGCCGUCAGCUCGGCAGCCGCCUCUUCGGCGGUGCUGAAUUCCAAAACGCCCAUCUCUCGUACGAGAACAUCCCUACUGUUGUCUUCUCCCACCCCGAAGUCGGCACUGUCGGUCUCACCGAGCCCGAAGCCCGUGAGCGCUUCGGCGAUGCCAAUGUCAAGGUCUAUCACACCCGCUUCGCUGCGAUGUACUACGAUGUCUUCCCCCCCGAGGAGAAAAAGAAGAACCCCACCGAGUUUAAACUUGUGGUCGCUGGACCUGAAGAGAAGGUGGUGGGUUUGCAUAUUCUCGGCCUGGGCGUUGGAGAGAUGCUGCAGGGUUUCGGUGUUGCCGUGAAGAUGGGUGCCACGAAGAAGGACUUUGAUAGCUGUGUUGCUAUCCACCCUACAAGUGCAGAGGAGUUGGUUACCCUGCGGUAAAUGGGAUAACUUCCUACUUUUGAUAUAGACGGUGGAGUAAUAAUGUCUUGUUAGAGGCUAUGUGAAGUGUUGUGGUAUUUCAAAAUAAAUAAUUGGGUAUCUUUGAUUCCUGCUUGUAGACAUAUAUAAGAAAAAAGGACUAGGUGAAGGAAUGUACUUGUGUCGUAAGACAUCGAAAUAGUG